GCAUCGUUUACACCAAAAGCACAACCAAAUGGUGACAAACAGCUAAAUCGGGACACAAAUAAAACAAUCGUUGAACUCAAUUCUUCCAAUAAGUUUAUGGAGUUUUGAGAUCAAAUGCAAAUCUUUUCUAUAUAAUCAGAUCAGACGAAUGAUUGGCGGUAUUAUCGAUGUCGGACUCAAUCGAUUUAAAUACGAACACAUGGAGUGGCUUCUGAACAACCCGUCCCAUAAGAAUUGGGGGUUUCAACAAACUGUAGCCCCGGCUAAAGGCUUAUGGCUAUUAGAUGUCCAUUAUGAUCAAAGCGACUUAAAAUUAUACGACGAUUUGGGCAAUAAAGCGAAUGAGUUUGCAAAUAGUUAUCCCAAUUAUAGCGAAAUCAUUACCCAUGACCAUAAUUACCGUACGGAAUUAGAGGAAGUGUUUGAUGUUAUUAUCGGUCAGAGAGUGAAAGAACUCAUUGGCGACUAA